AUGCACCCACUGAAAGGGACAAAAAUCAUCCUGCCUAUGCCUUUGGCUACUCCCCACCUGCAAGGGAACAAGAGGGAGGGAAGAGGGACUGUGUCUGUCUACAGGGGGGCUGCAGGUCUUGCUGAACUAUUGCGUACCUUUUCCCGCCAGCUGGAAAUGCCGGAGUACCAGGGGGAGCCGGACGAGAUCUCCGUGCAGAAGUGCCGUGAAGCCGCCCGGCAGGUUCGGGGACCUGUUAUAGUCGAGGAUACCUGCUUGUGCUUCAAUGCCCUGGGGGGGCUUCCAGGACCAUACAUAAAAUGGUUCCUGGAAAAACUCAAACCAGAAGGCCUGUACAAGCUGCUGGCUGGGUUUGAAGACAAAUCUGCCUAUGCUCUCUGUACUUUUGCAUUCAGUACUGGAAACCCAGAGGAGCCAGUGAAGCUGUUCAAAGGCCAGACUCAUGGGCUGAUAGUGGAGCCCAGAGGCCCUCGAGAUUUUGGCUGGGAUCCCUGCUUUCAGCCAGAUGGCUACAACCAGACCUACGCCGAACUGCCCAAGGCAGUGAAGAACUCAAUCUCGCACCGUUACAGAGCGCUGAGCGAGCUCUCCGCCUUCUUUCUUCAGAGCAACUCCACAGCGCCCGGCUCCGCUCCCAGCUAGCCCCCCCGGGACUGCAGGCGCCCUGCAUUCUCCAUGUCAUGUACCGCCCCGGGAGAGCUCUGCU